AUGGCGUGGCGAGCGGCGCAGGCCGUGGUCGUGAGGGCCAGGCAGCCGCCUAGCAGGCCGAUCUCUGGCGCUGUGAAGGCGAAGCCGGGGGCGGCGGCCCAGCGGGCGCAGGGAGGACAGGCACAGGCUGGUCUCACCGGCGUGUCCGCGGAGAAGGCGGUCGCGGUGGAGAAGCUGAGGAGGAGGAGGAGGAGGGCGGAGAAGGACGAGAACGUGAUGCACCUCGUCUGCUGGGGACCCAAUUAG